ACACACACACAACAGUAGGCAUACCCCCCUUGUGCCCCUGAGCCUGACAGUCUGGACAUGGGAGAUAUCAGAAAAAGGGAGAGGCAAGAGACACAGAAACCAAGUCAUUGAGUAAGAUCGGUAUAUAGCUGUGAAAGUGCAUUUUUGGGUGACAAAAUGGCAAUGUCAGAACAGCUUGAAACUGAGGGAGGCUGUUCCUCCAAGUCGUUCAAGCUGUACUCCCCCAAGGAGCCCCCCAACGGUAGCACUUUUCCCCCUUUCCACCCCGGCACCAUGCUGGACAGAGACGUGGGUCCCACCCCAAUGUAUCCUCCCACAUACCUGGAGCCCGGCAUAGGGAGGCACACACCAUAUGGCAACCAGACAGACUACAGAAUAUUUGAACUCAACAAACGGCUACAGAACUGGACAGAGGAGUGUGAUAACCUGUGGUGGGAUGCAUUUACUACAGAGUUCUUUGAAGAUGAUGCCAUGUUGACCAUUACCUUCUGUCUGGAGGAUGGACCCAAACGUUACACAAUUGGUCGGACGUUGAUUCCAAGGUACUUCCGCAGUAUAUUUGAGGGCGGUGCCACUGAGCUCUACUAUGUGCUGAAACAUCCCAAGGAGUCCUUCCACAAUAACUUUGUCUCCCUCGACUGUGAUCAGUGCACCAUGGUCACUCAGAAUGGAAAGCCCAUGUUCACACAGGUGUGUGUAGAAGGCCGCUUGUACCUGGAGUUCAUGUUUGACGACAUGAUGAGGAUAAAGACGUGGCAUUUCAGCAUCAGACAACAUCGUGAACUUAUCCCCCGCAGUAUACUGGCAAUGCAUGCCCAGGACCCACAAAUGCUGGACCAGCUCUCCAAAAACAUAACAAGAUGUGGCCUCUCGAACUCCACCCUUAACUACCUCCGACUGUGUGUGAUUCUGGAGCCCAUGCAGGAGCUGAUGUCCAGACACAAGACAUACAGCCUCAGCCCCAGAGACUGCCUCAAGACCUGCCUCUUCCAGAAAUGGCAGAGGAUGGUGGCACCACCAGCUGAGCCAUCAAGACAGGCGCCAAACAAACGGCGGAAGCGUAAGAUGUCAGGUGGCAGCACCAUCAGUGGUGGAGGAGGAACUAAUAACAACAACAACAACAAAAAGAAGAGCCCUGGCAGUGGCUUCCCUCUGACCAGCCAAGUUCCAGAUGUGAUGGUGGUGGGAGAGCCCACGCUGAUGGGAGGGGAGUUUGGUGACGAAGACGAGCGUCUGAUCACAAGGCUGGAGAACACACAGUUCGACGCGGCCAAUGGCAUUGACGACGAGGACAGCUUCAACAACUCUCCGGCGCUGGGCUCCAACUCGCCCUGGAACAACAAGGCACCCUCCAGCCAGGAGAGCAAGAGUGACAACCCCACCUCACAGGCAUCGCAGUAGAGCCCCGCAGCCUCAACAAAAACCCCUCUCUGCCACUCAUCAGACCCCCACCCCAACAGCCACAAGUGCAACAACCCAUCACCUGCUCAACAACCCAGACAUCCCUGUAGAGCUCAGUCAUCACACGCAGUUGCCCCAAAGGGGGCUCAGCAUAUCUCAGACAAUGUCACUGAGCCAUUGCUAUGACUUCCUCAUAUUUAGGCACCAGGUCCCACUUCUGUCUUCUGUUUCUUUCGUCUCGCAUUUAAAAUUUCCCAUUUCACUAAUUUUCAGUUUAAACAGCGAUUGGGUAGAUGCGAUAAUGGAGGUGCAGGGAUCUAAACCAGGGGAGAACUUUGCACACUAAACUGUCCAUACAGACCUUCACAUGUAGGCAGGGGUGGGAUGGAGGGGAUGGUGUCAGUGGGGCUUUGAGAUGGUGGCGAGUUGCUUAGGGACCACUUGUCCACCCGUCCUCUAAACAUGGCUCUCAAUUCUGGUCUGUUGAUGUCAAGUCUAUUGGUAAGUGUGUGUGUGUGUGUGGGUGGGUGGGUGUGUGACUAAAAAAGAGGCCGUCUGAGCUUAUUUGUGGCUUUGCUGAAGCAGACAGACCAGAAUUAAGAAUCGAACUAUAAAACUAUUGAAAUUCACACACUAGUAGGAGAGCUGAAAUGUGGCACUAGGGAAACAUUACACACACCAAUACAUAAAUACAUACAUACACACACACACACACAAAUAUAAUUAUUGAAGGAUUUUAGUCCCCUAGUGUCAGAGCAAUCUCUGAUUCGAACUGCAAUGAACGCAGUCUUUCAAACAGAGAGCAUUUACAACACACACACACACACACACGCAUAUACACACAAUUACACAUUUUAAGAGUUUUUAUACAGUAUAUAUUUCCCUAGAAUGUUUUUUAAUUUGUAUUAAACGCCUUCAUUUCAAUUGUUACUUUUUUAUUUUCUACCAAUACUGAAAAGCUACAGACCAAGGAGCAACACAGGACUUUUAUCCCACCCCUCCCCCCCUUCUAAAAUAUAUUGUUUUUAUCUUUUAUGUUUAUAAAAGAGAAAUAAUUUAGUGUGGAUGUUUUUAUUUUGUCUUUUCAUUCCUUUUUGGAGAUUUAAAGUUUUGUGUAUUUGUGCUUGUAUAUUUAAGGUAGUAGCAAAGUUCUGUCUGACUGUAAUAAAAUGUAUUCUUACUUAGAUUUACCUAAAGCCAUCCCGAUCUAAUGUAAAGAAACAAAAAUAGUAAAAAGGAGAAAAAACACUCAUGAACCCGUCCCCUCUAUCUCUCUCCCCCCCCCCCCCCCCCCCCCCCCGAUUUCUUCCUCCUCUCUUUUUUAAAACUUGUGUAAAUUAAAUUACAAAACCCCGGGGGUACAAUGGCACCACGGAAUGAUUUUACUGAUUUUCUUUUGUAUUUAUUCUGGAAAUUUUAGAAACUCACAUGUAUUUCAUCUAUACAGGAAGUGAUUUUUCACUUAACAUUUAUCUGUGUACUGCAACUUUCAACUUGAUGUCAAGUGAAUGUGCUCACUGAAUUUUAGUUAACUGGUGAAUUUCAUAUUUCAUCACUGACUUAAACAGAUUUUUUUAUUAGUUUUUGUUCAAAUUGCCUUCAUUUGUGCAGUGUCUUUCAUAACCAACGGAAUGAUACCAUCAAUCAACCAAACAUCUUCUAAAGCCAGCUUAACAUUAAGUUCAGUCAUCAUUUUGGGUAGCAAUGCUGUCUGUAAAGUCUGAUUUAAAAA